UUCAUUGGACUCCAAGAUGCUCUUUCCUACCUUAAAUCUUCUGUGUAUCGCCGGGUUAAGUUUUGGAAGCCAAGGCUGUAUAACAGUCGUGGAUUAUCCUAGAACAGAUUAUAUCAGUCGAUUCGAAUGCUGUACCUCUCCGAUUGUUCCCGGUGACAUGUUGAGUUACGGUAGAUCAUUUCAAGUUGACAGCACCGACAACAUCACAGAUAUACCUUGGACUGUUAGUGCUACGCAAACUAGAUAUUAUACACCAGAUCCACCUGUACCGGGUAACAGCUUUGGAGUCUACUACUGCAAGUUAGUGAAUGAUGACGUCAUUACGAUCGUUCAGACGACAAAAAUAUACAGUGACGCCGUUAUAAUACCAUCAAACGGUACGACCAGUGUAUCUGCCAAUGUCGGCGACGAAGUCAUCGUCAGCUUCGACGUCAUUGGUAACGUAAGUAGACCGUUUGUUUGGAGGAAAGAUGGCGUACGGAUAGCCAGCAGCGAUACAGAUAGUUUGACGUUUAGUCCAGUCAAAGUCAAUGACGCUGGAGUGUAUGAAAUGCAUGGAACUGAUCAGCGAAAUGAUCGAAAACAUUCAUUCAUUAAGCUUAUUAUACGAGCGUGUCCACGUCACAAAUGGGGUCCACCUGACUGUACAGGUGAUUGUGAAUACUGUUACAAUGGCGGAGUAUGUGAUGACAAAACGGGGCUUUGUAUCUGCGCACCUGGAUUUAAAGGGACAACCUGUGAAACUGAGUGCAGUUCUUAUCUUUUUGGACGGAACUGCGAAAAUGUCUGUAAAUGUAGAAGACGGAGGCUUCGUGUCUGCUUACCAGACCCAUACGGAUGUACCUGUGGUGCAGGAUAUACAGGUCGUGACUGUUUCACAGGCUGUCAAGCGGGGACAUUCGGAGUAGGAUGUACCCAAGUAUGCCACUGUAUUAGUGGGGAGUAUAAAUGGGCACCUGGUGGGUUUGCUUGCUCCUGUGCUGACUACAGCAGCAACACUUCAUGUGGAUCCAAUGACCAGGGACGGAAGCGCUUCUUAUUUGCAAAGAAAGAAUGUGAAACUGGCUAUUUUGGAGAAAACUGUGACUUGAAAUGCACAAAAUGUACAACCUGCAUCAACAGAUUGGGAAAAUGCUUGAAAGGAUCGUGUAAUUCUAAUUGGCUGAAACCAUAUUGUGAAAUCGGAAUUUCUGAUACUACUUUUUCACCAGCAAAUGAGGGUCACUUGACAGAUAUCUACUGUACAAUUUUUCAUGGUGUUGCUCAAGGUUUUCAUGUCAUGGUUACGGUAAAGAAACAUGACGUCAGUGACAACAUUACAGUCCCGUUACAAACAAUACCAUAUAGCCGUGAAACGACGUCAUACAGAUUUUCUGUGAUACCUGAUAUCAAAGCAACAUAUUCCUGUGUAAUUUUACAAGCAAAUGAAUCGGCACAGACUGUCAUCAAAUCUGAUAUAUUUCGUCCGCCUUCAUACAACAAGGGGAGUCUGUGGGUAAACCCAGCUAUGACUACGAGUUCUGCGAUAAUUAUUAACUGGACUGCAUGGGAUAACACUACAGACGAUGGAGAUGGACCUGUUAUUGGCUACAUUCUUCACCACAGACUUAGCAAUAUCGGAACCGACGAAUGGAAACAAAAUCUUUUUCAGAACACACUGUCAGGAACUGCUUCUGGGUUGAUGUGGGACACAAAUUAUACUUUUGCUGUGUCGGCCGUGAGACCUGGUAAAGGCGGCGAAGGGCCGAUUGGAAUGCAGCGAAUCAGUGCAAAGACUCUUUGUGGAAAGCCUAGUCAUGUUCGGAACGUGAACCAUGAAGUCUCGGAAAAAGAACCACGGAAUAUAAAAGUCACAUGGACAGACAUCGAAGCUGAUGCAGAAACAUUGAAAUGUUACAACACUACAUAUAUCUACAGUGUGUACCUCAAGUUGAAUGAUAAUGAAGGAGUUGGUGAUGUUGUUUACCGAGGUAUUGAUACUCAAACAACGAUAGACAACAUUGAUGUUGAAGCUACUUACGUUAUUUCCGUAACUGUCUCGAAUAAAGACAGUGAAAGCGAAUUUGUCGAAAGUACUCUUCCAGAUAUUGCAGGGUUUAAGUCAAGUGCUGCUAUUGGUGGUGGCGUUGGAGCUUUCGUUUGUACUGUUCUAGUGGUUGUGAUUAUUAUAUUUUUUUGCAAACGAAAACAAAGUGAAAAAGUGAGUAAACCUACAGAAGAUGCGGCCACGGACCCAGCUGACCAUGCUUACGGAAACGUUUCACCAGUUAAAGGUUAUAAUCGGGCUACUGGUAACAAUUAUGUAUUUUCACUAAGCGAAGAAGUGAAUAAACACACAAAAGAUACAGCCGAAGGUCCAAUAGAUGAACAUGCUUAUGGAAAUGUUUUCCCAAUAAAAGAUUCUACCAGGAGUAACAAUUCUGAAAUCUUACCAUGCAAACGACGACAAGAGAUGAAGAAACCUACAGCAGGUACAGACACGGAAAACACAUACGAGAAUGUUCGUCAAGGUUCCACUGAGAGUAACAACCAUGCAGUAAACAAUGAUGAUUAUAUGGAGACUACAUUUGUGCCCGAGAACAUAUAUACUGCUUUAAAACAGUAAACAAAUAUUAAAUACACCAGGGCACCAACAAGUAAUCAUUGUGAAAAGUGAAUUGAUUAUUGUUACAGCUUGCUAAAUCUAGGAAGAGGAAUUCUUGGCGCUUUGUUGAAACCCAGUUUGGUCCCAUUUCGCUAAAUACUGUCGACUCCACUUCGCCGAUUUUUUUGGGGGGGGGGGGGGGAAUUAAGAAAAUUUAUCCGGAAUAUUAAUAGAAUAAGAUAUCACAUUUUGAAUAUACAUGGCAUGCUAACAUUUUUAGCAUGCUAAGUACGGCAUGCCUUCCAGCAUGCAUUGAGCACACCCGGGCAUCUGUGAACCACAAUUUUAUUUUCUGGGGCAGAUGAAUUUAUUUUAAAUGUGCCUAUCCUAAAUACUUGCGUGAUUGUAAAAAGGCCACUUUUUUAGCUUUAAGUAUAACAUUUUGAUAUUUUAACCUAGAUAAAGGUCUGUGGUUACCAUGUGGACAGCAGUUGUUUGCCCUGAACCUUAGAACUUAACCUCAGAAUAUGUAUUUGGGUAUUGUGUAUAUGGACAUCUACCCAAUGUUUAGUUGGCUUAAUAUAAAAUAUUACAUAUAACAUUUGUAAAGCUUGAGACUUCUGAAAUGACAGAAGAUAUCAGGGCAUGUCUUUUUGCUUGCGAAGGGCCCGGACGCAGCCGGUAAAAUAAUUUAUUCAGCAAAAAGAAAUUAGUGUUUUUUCUGUAUUAUGAGCUUUGUAGGGUGAACAGUUUUUAAAAAUGUUUACAAAAAAAAGAAAAAUGUUUUGAGACUCUAGGCAGUGGCGGAUCCAGAGAUGCUCGAGUGUGGGGGAAGAUCGAGAGACAACACUGCCCUAAGGGGUCGGGAGCAUUUCCCGGAGGAAUUUUUGUUUUCUAGACGCCCGGAAAUAACCUUUGAGGCGUUUUGGGUGAUCAAUAGUUACUUUUCCUUUUUUUCUUUUUUUUUUUACUUUCAAAAAAAAAGGUGGGGGGGGGCGCUGCCCCUAAGUCUGCCCAUUUGUCAAAGACUAUUUAACGUGGUUGCAGUAGUGGCGCCAGCUCUUCCCCGACAGAGGGACUGAUACCUCCGACAGGGGUUAGUACUUGCGAAUGGGGGACUCUUAAAUUGCAAUGUUUUCUAUCAAAUUAUGUAGGAGUUAAGAUGCUUCAUCCUGUAAGUGGCGAGUGUACUUGCUGUUGGAUGUGAAGUAAAUAAAAUAAAGAAAAAAAAUUAUUCUUUUUAAAUA